AUGGCGCCCCCCUCCGAGCUCCCCCCCGAUCGAUCCCCGGCGCCCCCCGAUCCCCCUUCCCCUCCCGAUUCUAGGUACCAAUCCGUCCCCCGAUCCCGAUCCCGACCCCGACUUCGUCCUCUCCUCCUCGCGAUCUCUCGAUCGAGAUCGGGGCGGGGAUGUGAAGUGGGUUUCGUUGUUUGUGCAGAGCGUGAGGCGGCGAGGUGGGCGGCGGCGGCGGUGGAGGUGGCGGCGGAGGGGGGAGGUGGCGAUGGCGGUGGACGGCGAGGGGUCGUGAAUCUACACCGCGUGAGCUCGAUCGUGAAGGAGAUUCGGGAGCCAUGCCUUCAGCAUUCGCCUUCGAAGGGAAACAAAAUGCUCAAGCCAGAAAAGUGGCAAGCAAUUUUUGACAAUGAUGGGAAGGUUAUAGGUUUUCGUAAAGCACUGAAGUUGAUUGUGCUGGGCCAGGGUGUAGAUCCGUCUAUUCGAGCAGAAGUUUGGGAGUUUCUUCUUGGUUGUUAUGCCUUGAGUAGCACCUCUGAAUGCCGGAGGCAACUGAGGAUGGCUAGAAGAGAAAGGUAUGAAGAUUUGAUCAGGCAGUGCCAAAUGAUGCACUCAAGCGUCGGCACUGGAGAACUUGCCUAUGUGGUGGGUUCCAAAGUAAUGGAUGUGAGGACUUUGUCAAAAGACAAUACUAAUAACAAUAGAGAAGAAGCAACUACAAGUUGGCGAGCUUCUCGAGAUUCUGCUAACAGAAUAGAAGAAAACUCUGAGUCAAACAACGGCUAUACAGAAACCUUGUCUGCAAACAAAAGGAAGAGCUGUAGUAAUUCAGCUGAGCUGGGUAGUUUCAGGGAAAGCACAGAUAGCCCAGCCUGUAAUUCUACAUAUAACAGUUUCUUGAGAAGUUCGGAAAAUGAAUUUGAUGAACCCAAGUAUGACACACAGAGCUUUUAUGAUUUCCCCCCUUUGCCUGUAACAAAUUUGUUCUGGGAAGGGGAUAGGGACGAGGACAGUAGUUUUUAUGCUACUGAACAAACAUUAGGAUUCCAGGAUGGACAGGUGCAUAGCUUUCAAAUAAACAACAAUGUAGAUCUCAUAAUGGAAUCAACUUCUUCGUCAAAUGAUGUGUCACGAGCAAGUAACAGUGGUACUGAAAGAAAUUGGGCAAAGAAUGGGGAUUUUAAAAAGGAAAUUGUAGAUGGUUUAAGGAUAUCAGAUGCUCCAGAAGAAGCUAUAGUCAAUGGAACCACGACCAGUAGUUUAGUUGCUAAUGAAGAUAGAGUUUCUGAGUGGCUUUGGACUCUUCAUCGAAUCGUUGUUGAUGUGGUUCGAACAGAUAAUCAUCUCGAGUUUUAUGAAGACUCAAAAAACAUGGCCAGAAUGUCAGAUAUUCUUGCCGUCUAUGCAUGGGUUGAUCCUGCUACUGGAUACUGCCAAGGUAUGAGCGAUUUGCUUUCCCCUUUUGUUGUCCUUUAUGAGGAUAAUGCGGAUGCCUUUUGGUGCUUCGAGAUGCUUCUACGAAGAAUGCGUGAAAAUUUUCAGAUGGAAGGACCGACUGGAGUCAUGAGGCAGUUGCAAGCACUGUGGAAGAUCCUGGAAUUAACAGAUGCAGAAAUGUUUGAACAUCUAUCAGUUAUUGGAGCUGAAAGUCUUCAUUUUGCUUUCCGAAUGUUGUUGGUGCUUUUCCGACGGGAGCUAUCCUUUGAUGAGGCCCUUUGCAUGUGGGAGAUGAUGUGGGCUGCUGAUUUUGAUGACGCCAUGACUCGGCGGUUGGAGGAGAAUUGCCUAGAACCAUUAAUGUUAAACCUUAGGACUGAUUCACGUACAGAGAUGAAAGGAGAACGUCUGGAGAAUGGGAAAAGGAAAUUCAAAAGCAUGCGGCCUCGUUAUAGAAAUGGUCAAACUUGUCGGCCCUUUUAUAGCAGUGGAGUGAGAUCAAUUACGAGCCAUCCUCUGUGCGGCUUGGCGAAGGCCAAUUUCUGGCAAAGGGAUGAUCUUCUCCACAACCCAUCUGCAUCAAAGAAGAACAUGGAUGAUGAGCUGCCAGUGUUCUGUGUGGCAGCCAUUUUGAUCAUAAACCGCCAAAAGAUUAUGAGAGAAACCAAUUCUAUGGAUGACAUAAUUAAGAUGUUUAAUGAUAACUUGCUGAAACUUAACGUGAAAAGAUGCACACGCAUGGCUAUUAAGCUGAGGAACAAGUACUUCCUCAAGUUAAUGAGGCAAACAAGCAUGGGAAUCUCCGAGAAACAAUAAAAAUUAGGAACAAAAAACCUUGGUCUUUGCCCAAUGGUCUAUACAUCUCUCAGAGGUGGCAACUCAAGUUGGUUUCCAGCUUUAUGAUUAUAUCUAUUCAAUUCUAUAUAUCUUCUGGGUCCUGAACACUGAGAUUCCCAGGGUUUUGGAAAAUUGAACAUCACGUGUCCCAUACAGCUGUUUAAGG